AUGUCCACUAACAUUGCACAAGGACUAUUCAAGACUCUUCCUAAGCCAAAAUAUUCUGGCGAGGGUGAAGAGCUGCCGCAACAUGCGCAACCCCGUGGUCCGCGCGUGGUGGGCGCCGACCAGCUCGACCAGACACAAGUCGUGCUACGGAGAACCGGCCCUCCACCUUACGGAAACCGCGCAGGAUGGCGACCUCGAGCUGCCGAAGAUUUUGGCGAUGGUGGCGCGUUCCCCGAGAUCUUAGUUGCACAAUACCCACUUGACAUGGGACGGAAGGGAACAGCUUCAACUUCGAAUGCGCUUGCUGUCCAAGUCGACGGCGAGGGCAAGGUCAAGUAUGACGCGAUCGCGCGCCGUGGCCACGCAGACAACCGAACCGUCCAUGCCUCGUUCAAAGACUUGAUCCCGCUUCGACAGCGGGUGGACAUGGGAGAAAUCUCACUGGAGAAGCCCUCUGAGGAAGAAAUUCAAAUGCAGAUGGAAAAGACAAAGGCUGCACUGGCGACCUUGGUCGAAGGAGCUGCAACUGCGCAGAAGCCGAAGAACGUGAAAGGAGGGAAGAGAGCCGAGCCGACUUUCGUCCGGUAUACCCCAGCAAAUCAGAUGGGCAACAAUGGCCAGAAGAACGACCGUAUUAUGAAGAUUGUUGAGAGGCAGCAGGACCCCAUGGAGCCUCCCAAGUUCAAGCACAAGAAGAUUCCCCGUGGCCCGCCAUCCCCACCACCCCCGGUUAUGCAUUCGCCGCCUCGAAAGCUUACCGCGGAGGAUCAAGAAGCUUGGAAGAUUCCCCCUCCCGUGUCUAACUGGAAGAACCCCAAGGGUUACACCGUGCCUCUGGACAAGCGUUUGGCUGCCGAUGGCCGUGGCCUGCAAGAUGUUUCUAUCAACGACAAGUUUGCCCAGUUCGCCGAAGCUCUGUUCACAGCGGAUCGCCACGCUCGUGAAGAGGUUCAAUUGCGAGCUUCCAUGCAACAGAAGCUAGCUGAGAAGGAGAAGGCACAGAAGGAGGAGCACCUUCGACAGCUGGCCCAGAAGGCCCGCGAAGACCGUGCUGGUCCCAGUCAACGCGACUCACGAGCUCGGUCUCGCAGCGCCAGUGGCAGUGCGUCGCCAUACUCCUCCAGAUCCGCAUCUCCUAGCGAGGAUGACGAGGCUGCCCGAGACCGUGCCGAACAACGCCGUGAGCGACGACGGGACGAUGAACGACAGCUGCGUCAAUCCCGCAUGGGUACCGAACGCCGCAUCCAGACCAUGGCGCGUGAGCAGAACCGUGACAUCUCCGAAAAGGUCGCUCUUGGAUUGGCCAAGCCUACACAAAGCUCCGAGACCAUGUGGGAUUCGCGUUUGUUCAACCAGACUAGCGGCAUGCAAUCUGGUUUCAACGAAGACAACCCCUACGACAAGCCGCUGUUUGCCGCGCAGGACGCUAUCAACAGUAUCUAUCGCCCUCGUGCUCAGCUCGAUGCCGAUGAUGAGGAUGCGGGUGAAGGCGAGAUGAACAAGCUCGAGAAGACCAACCGGUUCGAGGUUUUGGGACGCGCCAAGGAAGGUUUCCGUGGCGCUGCUGAUGCUGAGGAACGCCAAGGCCCCGUUCAAUUCGAGAAGGAUACCGCUGAUCCAUUUGGUAUUGACAACAUGAUUGCCGAUGUUACUGCCGGCAAGAAGCGCUAUGGUAUCCAGGAAGCCGAAAGUGAAGACCGUGGAUCAAAGCGCGCGCGAGUCGAUGAAGACUAA